CUAGAGGAGAGUCAGCGGCAGCAGCUUGAAGCGGUGAGCUACUCGUCGCGCUACACACUGGGCCUCUUCUACAAAGCCCAGGCUCACAUCGACGUCCCCUGGGCCGCCAAGUACGUCUCCAAUAAUCCCUGCAUUUGCUUUAUCGCCAUUGACGAUAAAAAGUGCAAUUUAGGUCAGUGCUCCCAUUCUCUUUCUCUGUGUGUGUGUGUUUUUCUGUCUGUCUCUCUUUAUUUCCACUCUUUUUCUGUCUGCGUCUCUUUUUAUCUCCUUUCUCUUUUCUGUUUGCUUUUCUGCAUCUCUGUCUCUGUCUCACUCUCUCCCCCCCUCUCUCCGUCUCUGGAAGGCAUGCAUCAGAAUUGCUCUCUAAUUGAGUGCCACUGUUCAGCAGGCAUUUAACUUUCCUCGCUAGCUUAUGCCUCCAGUCCACUGGAUUCUUCCUUGACUUUGUGAAGCUGCAUUUGGUGUACAUUCAAAAAAGUUAUGAUGUUUUCAUUCAAACUCAACCUCACUUUUUUGACGGUGCUGCCGUGCUGGGGAGAGCCUCCGUAGUUCCUAGUAUUUGAAUGGCUCUGUGAGUGUUGGGAUAGCCCAGUCCAUUGGUAGUCACACUUCAUUACUGAUUGAACACAGAAGGGAGAUGCAGCAGACACUGAGUAGGAGAGCACACACAGCACAACACCCUGAAAUCAGGCUUCUACACACACACACACACCAGCCUUCAUUAGCAGCUCUGCUAGAAAACUGCUGCUAUGAGAAGGAACAACAUAAUCUUAUAUCAGACCUGGAGGGGUGUGUGUGUGUGUGUGUUUGUUUCAGAGAGAGACAAAUAUGUAUUUGUGUGUGUGUGUGUGUGUGUGUGUGUGUGUGUGUGUGUGUGUGUGUGUGUGUGUGUGUGUGUGUGCGUGCUUCAGUGAGAAACGAUAGUGACUGUGUGUGUGUGUGUGUGCACAAGCGCAUGUUUGCACAUCACUCGUGUAUGUGUGAGAAAGAGAGCGAUAGAUAGUCUUUGAAAGUGUGCACGCACCUGUCACCUCUCAUCCACUCCAGUGUUCGGAAGGCAAUAUCCUAAUUAGAGGAGCUGGUAAAUGUUUCAUUCUACAAGGCUCCUCUGCCGGGUGCUGCUACUGCGCUCCUCCUCUCGCCCUCCCCCGCUACGCUUGAAUCUUCUUUUUCAUUUGUGUAAUGUAUUUUGCUUGUAGCUCAAGUAAGCAGGGGGUAUUAGGGAUGAUUUCUGACUGGCCCUUUGAAAGCCUGUGAAUGCAGAGAGCAGGAGUGGCACCGUAAGAAUAGCUGUGGAGCGUCUCUCCAACUCUUUGGAGUGAUCUAAAAUGGGGAGCUUGCUGUGACCAGGGGAACAGGUGUCAGGUCACACUUGUCACACACAGAGCACACAGGACAGGACAAUGGCCCUCCUGUGUCACCACCAAGACAGGACGGUCCCCUGAGGAAGAUUUAGGAGUAAACAGCUACAUGUUCAGAGUUUCAUCUGUACUCCGAUUGGAAUGAAAUAUGCAAGUGAGUUAACAACUCGUGCAAAUUGCACAAUGCAUAAUUUGGUGCCAACUUGCUCUGAGUGGAGCCUGUCUACCCAGUGAACUUAGUAACCUGUGUGUUUUUCUAUUACUUCUCCCUCAGAAGAAGAGUUUGUGCCAGUCUCUCACCUACUUACCUUCCUACCUACACACUGUUUCCCCACCUCUUUCUGUCUCUUUAUCUUGAACUUUUUCUCAUACUUCUCUCAUCUUUGUUUUGUCUUCCUCCUCUUUCUUUCUCUCCCUCUCUCAUUUUCUCUCUCUGGCUGGCCCUAUGCCUGGGCACUCUGAUGUCAAAAACUGGUUAGGGUGGCUCUCUUACCCAUGAGCCAAACCAGAAUGGCCCACUGGACAGAAGUAGGACAGACCCCAGCAAAUGGGUGCUGUAGCCUGUCUGUGUGCUAUAGUCACUGUCACCAAACUGGAGUCUCCCUGUCCCUACACUGUCCCCACAGUGACCAUCCCUAGUUCCCCACAAGGGAGUUCAGCAUCUCCAGCUUGGCUCCAAACAAAACAACCGGCUGUGUUUUGAUGUGUGUGCGCUCACUCCCGCAACGUUGUCCCGUCUGCCGCUUAAAAAAACGAGCCAAGCUGGAGGAAAUGAUUGACCUUGUAGUAACUGUUUCCCGCUCCAGCAGGUCAAUUGCGGGACAUGUUUAUUGGCGGCAGUAAACCAUUAUUCUCCAAAAUCAGUUUAAAUAUGGUUUUAAGACGAUGUCAUUAGAGAGAACUUCAUGACGUACAGCCUCAAUAAAUCAAUGCAAAACAUCCUGUAUGGUUCAGAGCCGAGAGGAGCUCUGUCUGUCUGUCUGUCUGUCAUUAGAAACAGGAUCUCACCGUGUCCACUCCCCGCAUGAUGUCACCACCACACAACCGGAUCCUCAGCAGACAGCACUCCAAGCCUUUUUGUUGUGUGUACAGUUACCAAACACUCAACAUACAGUGCAUUGGGAAGGUAUUCAGACCCCUUCACUUUUUCCACAUUUUGUUACGUUACAGCCUUAUUCUAAAAUUGAUUAAAUAAAUAAAAAUUCUCAUCAAUCUACACACAAUACCCCAUAAUGACAAAGCAAAAACAGGUUUUUAGACAUUUUUGCAAAUGUAUUAAAAAUAGAAAAACAGAAAUACCUUAUUUACAUAAGUAUUCAGACCCUUUGCUAUGAGACUCGAAAUUAUAGCUCAGGUGCAUCCUGUUUCCAUUGAUCAUCCUUGAGAUGUUUCUACAAUUUGAUUGGAGUCCACCUGUGGUUAAUUCAAUUGAUUGGACAUGAUUUAGAAGGGCACACACCUGUCUAUAUAAGGUCCCACAGUUGACAGUGCAUGUCAGAGCAAAAACCAAGACAUGAGGUUGAAGGAAUUGUCCGUAGAGCUCAGAGACAGGAUUGUGUCGAGGCACAGAUCUGGGGAAGUGUACCAAACAUUUCUGCAGCAUUGAAGGUCCCCGAAAACACAGUGGCCUCCAUCACUCUUAAAUGGAAGAAGUUUGGAACCACCAAGACUCUUCCUAGAGCUGGCCGCCCAGCCAAACGGAGCAAUCGGGGGAGAAGGACCUUGGUCAUGGAGGUGCCCUUGAACCCAAUGGUCUUUCUGACAGAGCUCCAGAGUUCCUCUGUGGAGAUGGGAGAACCUUCCAGAAGGACAACCAUCUCUGCAGCACUCCACAAAUCAUGCCUUUAUGGUAGAGUGGCCAGAUGGAAGCCACUCCUCAGUAAAAGGAACAUGACAGCCCGCUUGGAGUUUGCCAAAAGGCACCUAAAAGACUCUCAGACCAUGAGAAACAAGAUUCUCUGGUCUGAUGAAACCAAGAUUGAACUCUUUGGCCUGAAUGCCAAGUGUCACGUUUGGAGGAAACCAGGCACCGCUCAUCACCUGGCCAACACCAUUCGUACGGUGAAGCAUGGUGGUGGCAGCAUCAUGCUGUGGGGAUGUUUUUCAGUGGCAGGGACUAGGAGACUAGUCAGGAUCGAGGGAAAUAUGAACGGAGCAAAGUACAGGGAGAUCCUUGAUGAAAACCUGCUCCAGAGCGCUCUGGAUUCAGACAGGGGUGAAGGUUCACCUUCCAACAGGACAACAACCCUAAGCACACAGCCAAGACAACGCAGGAGUGGCUUCGGGCAAGUCUCUGAAUGUCCUUGAGUGGCCCAGUCAGAGCCCGGACUUGAACCCGAUCGAACAUCUCUGGAGAGACCUGACGUUCCCAUUCAACCUGACAGAGCUUGAGAGGAUCUGCAGAGAAGAAUGGGAGAAACUCCCCAAGUACAGGUGUUCCAAGCUUGUAGCGUCAUACCCAAGAAGACUCGAGGCUGUAAUUGCUCCCAAAGGUGCUUCAACAAAGUACUGAGUAAAGGGUCUGAAUACUUAUGUAAAUGUAAUAUUUCAUAUUUGCAAAAAUAAAUGUGGAAAAAGUGAAGGGGUCUGAAUACUUUCCGAAUGCACUGUACAUACACACAGCAACCUCACAGGCUGACUGAGUGAGACAUUUACCUAACAAAUCAAGCUGGUCUUGUUACAUUUAUGCAGAAGCAGGGGCUUCUGGGUACGGAAGUCUGGCUCAUUAAAAAGCCAUGACGUGUCUUGUCGGAGGAUCCCCGUUUGGUAUUGGCAUGUGACUCUUAAUAAAGCAUCAGGACGGAGAUAAGAACCUACUUUUUUGUCCUGGAGUCAGAAUCCCAUCAAAGUAUUCCGCUGUCAGAUUAUGGGAACGACCUUAAUGCCAAGGAUGAUUUUGGAUUAUAUUAAGCAAAAAAUUGUCAAAGACUCCAGCCACCCUAGUCAUAGACUGUUCUCUCUGCUACCGCACAGCAAGUGGUACCGGAGCGCCAAGUCUAGGACCAAAAGGCUCCUUAACAGCUUCUACCCCCAAGCCAUAAGACUGCUGAACAAUUAAUGGCCACCUGGACUAUUUACAUUGACCCCCCGCCCCCCACACACACACACUCGCUGUUUAUUAUCUAUGCAUAGUCACUUUACAAAUGACCUCGACUAACCGGUACCGCCGCACAUUGACUCGGUACUGGUACCCCCUGUUAUGUAAUUUUCUUGUGUUAUUUUUAGUUUAUUUAGUAAAUAUUUUCUUAACUCUAUUUCUUUAACUGCAUUGUUGGUUAAGGGCUUUUAAGUAAGCGUUUCACGGUAAGGUCUACACCUGUUGUAUUCGGCACAUGUGACAAAUAAAAUUGGAUUUGAUCUUAGUUUUUUCCGUCUCCAGCUGUUCAAGUCUGAGGUCUUUUAUUUUAGUUCUCUCUGAAAAAGUAUCUUCUCAAUACAUUAUGAUGAUGGUGCUUUCACUGACUUAGAAGUCGAUUCUGAUGAAGGUCAGUAUGGCCAAAACAUAAUUGUCUUAAAAAACGAAUUGAAUAAAAAAUUCUGAACUGAACUGUGUUCUUAGCUGUGCCAUAUACCUGUGUGUCCCUGUGCUGUGCUGUGCAAAGUCAUGGUGGUAUGGUUCUGAACUGUGCUGUAUGUGCUUGCCUGUGCAAAAUCCCCUGAAUGCGGUCCCUCCAUGGUGGUCCACACCACUGUUCCAUUUGGUAUCAAACACCUGGAGGAGGCCAAGGAGCAGGUGGAGCCUACCAUCCUGGAGGAGCUGAACAAGCUGCUGCCUGGCUUGCCACAGCCCGACAGCAUCAAGUGCCAGAAGUGGAGAUACUCACAGGUGAGAGGGGUUACUCAGACAGGAGUUUUACUGUAUUACUUCCUCGAGUGAGGAGAGAUAAUACCAGGAGUUUUAUUUCAUUCAUUCAUUGAGAGAAGAGGAAGUAUACCAAGAGUUUUUUUCUUAAUAAAUACUUUAAGAGAAAUAACUGUUGCUACUUCAUAAUCCUGUCAAGAUACAUGGAAGAAUGUCUAAGUAGAGGGUUGACUCGGUUCAAUAAAACUACUCUUCUGUGUAAAGCACCAUGAUGAGUGACCAUCAUGAUCUAUCACGAUCACACCCUACUAAACUUCAAUGUAUUACGUUUCUCUGCUUGUGUAUACCACAUGAGUGUAGUAUACGGAGACUGGUUGGACAUGUUGUUCCUUUUUCAAGUAGCUCCAAUGUCCUGUUUACUCUGAUGUUUCCCUGAAUUUCUGUGUGCUUCUUGGACCAGAUACUGUGACUUUAUUUACACUACUUAUGUCCAGCAAGAACAUGUCCUCCAAGGGCUCUCAGAGCUGUUCAUCACUCUUCUGUAGUGAGUGAAGUACACACUCAGUGAUUACAUCACUCAAUCUCUUAGAUGUGCUCUCUCUAGCUAUCUCUCUCUCUCUUUCGCUCCAACACACACCCACACAUCCUCUGCUAAGGGAGGCUGGGCUGGGCUGGGGGUCAGAGGCCACAGAACAUCUGUGUGGGAGGCCACAUCACUGGGAGUGCCAGAGCAUGGGCCAAGGCCCACUGGAACUGGAUGGGCCAUGAUAGAACACACACACACACAAGCACAUUCGUACUAUAAUAUAGACACACACACGUGCAUAAUGGAAUGCGCACACACACACACAUAUGCACACUCACUCAUACUGUACACACAUCAGCUCCCUGUCAAAUGCACUAGCAGUUAUUCUAACAAAGACCAUUGUGACAGAGAGACACAAAUAAAUGAUUGACCCUAACAGUUAUAGCAGUUAACUGUUGCUAAAAUGUAGGUUAUAGGUUGCUUUCUCUUUAGAUUGCUUCUCUUAUGAAACAGACAUAUUCUCAGCUGCCGAAUUCUCUUGCUUUCCUUGCGAUUAAACUUGUUUAUAUUGGGGGAUUUAUCUUAACGUCCCAAAUCCUCCUCCUCCGCGCUCCGUGCUCUUUGCCCUGGAAAAUCAGCCUCACACUGUAUAUGGAGACGGCAGGGCCCAGGGCUGCUGUAUCAACUUACCACUAGAGUGAACCAAACAAUUUGUCCAUGGCCACAUUUCAACAAAAAUGCUUAUCAUCAAUUGAUUUACAUGGUGAUGACCUUUCAAGGAUGCAUGAGCAAACAAAAAAAUUAUGUUUUGGGGGAGGAGUGGGGAUGAAGGGAGGUGGAGGGUGGGGGUUAUGAUAGCAGCACAUAGUAGCCUAUAACGAUGCCUAUUAAAAGCCCCAGCAGGAAAUGGAUACUAUUUCCUUACCCUUAGCGGUGCAGGGCAGCGUACCUUGAUGUUUAUCUAUCUGCUGCCUCUCCUCUUAGAAUGGCCAGCAGAAGCCUCUGACAGAAGCUACAACACGUACACAGGCUUGUGUGUUUACACUCCCAAGUCAUUAACACACAACUCUCAGCGUUCAGGAUUUUAACAUGAGGAAGACAGUUGGCUGCAAGGCUGAUUUGAUAUCUGUGUGUCUAGCCAAAGGCAGUGCAUUUUAUGGCUUGAUCUGUGGUAUCCCACCACGUAUAUCCAGAGGUAACUUGAGCACAGAUAGUUUUCUGGAUUUCAGGAUAAUUGUAGCACAAACAAAUCAUCGUCUCAAUAUGCAUUCUACUGUAGCUGUAGAAAUAGAUAAAUCUGUGACCAUGACAACCAUUGGGCUCCAGUAGUGUAGUAUACAAUCAAUGCAUUAUUUAUCAGUGAAGGACAGUGAGCUGCCAAUUCCACUCAAUUGCUCAGCAGCAGCAUGAAGGACUAAUCAGCCCUCUCUAUUGGGUCUAGUGAUCGUUAGGGCCACUCCACCUGCUGCUCUAUGGCCCUCAUUUCUCUCUCUCUCUCCAUCUACCUAUUUUUCUUUCUUUCUUUCUUUCUUUCUUUCUUUCUUUCUUUCUUUCUCUCUUUCUUUCUUUCUUUCUUUCUUUCUUUCUUUCUUUCUUUCUUUCUUUCUUUCUUUCUUUCUUUCUUUCUUUCUUUCUUUCUUUCUUUCUUUCUUUCUUUCUUUCUUUCUUUCUUUCUUUCUUUCUUUCUCUCUACCCCCCAACCCCUCUCACUUUCUCUACUAAUUAGGUGAGGAGCUCGGUGGCCGACUGCCCAGGGCAGAUGACGCUGCUGUCCCAGCCUAUGUUGGUGUGUGGGGGCGACGGCUUCACACAUUCCAAUUUCGACAGCUGUAUCGAGUCUGCCCUGAAGGUGUUUGACAUUCUGAAGUCCUCUCUCUGAUGCCUUAAGGGGUGGUAGGGGGGAUGGGAGUAUAGUGUGGGGGUUCUAUGUGUACAGUAUGCUAGCCCAGAGAGGGGGGUACUGCCAUUGAAACAUUACCCUAACCCCCCCCCUCCAGUUGAACUGUCCACUUAAGUACUUGAUAUGUAUUUGACAUGUUGAUGAUAUGCUGUGUUCACGUGUGGUUAGAUGUGAAACAGGUGUGUAUAACACACCCUAUGACCCACUAAUUCUUCAAGGUGGACCGUGAUUCCGUUCCAAUGAAGUACUUUACUGAAAGUAAAUAUGGUGUUGUUACUCAGGAUUUCUCUCUAAACAUCUGAUUUUGGUUCAGAUUGAAUAAAAAAGUGUCAAACCAUCUCCCCCUUUGUUUCUGUAACUCCACUUUCUUCUCUCACUUAUAAACAGAAAGAUGGCAGGUGGUAUGGGAACCAAUCCGCACAGAGCUCAGAGCAAAGUCGUACAAAAUGGAUGUAGGUAGUCAAAAAGCAAUUAGAAAGUAAUCAGGAUCCCUUAAUGACUUCUAAAUGCAUUAGGCAAAGUAGACACACUAUGAACUGUUUGAGUAAUACCAUAUCAUACCCUCCAUUGAUACAGCCAGAGGACUCAGGGUAUGACUGCCUGGUAUGGCUAACACCAGGUCUGCCCUGUGCUCAUGGAGGUCAAGUGUCCCGGUGAGAGCCCUGUGGCCCUGCCAACCCUGCCACCCCCCUACGGCGCCCGUGACGGUGUAAUUCCACCCGGGGCAGCCGCCCGCCAC